CACCAGGCGACGCUAUUUUGUAAACACUCACAGCUAGUGUUUUUUUCUUUUCUUUUCCUGCGUUUGUAAUGUGAUGGAUAAUCUUGUGAAGGUGCACGGAAGUGGCGGUGGCUAUGAUUCCGAUUUCAGUGAUGAUGACGGACAAGGAGAGUCCUCAGAGAGAGGACUUAAAAGGAAACAUGAGGAAAUCUUACAAAAGCCAUUCAAGAAAGGACGGUACUCCCAGGCGGCUCACAGGAGUUUCCACUCCAGUGAACUGGACAGAGAGGAAGCAAGGAACAGAAGAGCCCACCUGAUAUCACUAAAUGCCUUUGAACGACAUAAGAAGUUUGUCGGUGACUACAUACUUUAUUAUGGAGGACAGAUGGCCGACUUCAAACGCUCUGUAUCCAAAGACAAAACAGAUCUGGAUGUGGUGCGCGAGAAUCAUCGCUUUCUCUGGAGGGAUGAGGAUGAAGAUGACAUGACAUGGGAGAAAGAAUUGGCCAAGAAGUAUUACGACAAACUGUUUAAAGAGUACUGCAUAGCUGACCUCAGCAGGUACAAGGAAAACAAGUUUGGAUUUCGUUGGCGGAUUGAAAAUGAAGUUGUCUCCGGCAAAGGUCAGUUCCAGUGUGGAAAUAAACGCUGUGAGAAGCAGGAAGGCCUAAAAAGCUGGGAAGUUAAUUUCGCCUAUGUGGAACAGGGCGAGAAGAGGAAUGCCUUGGUCAAACUCAGAAUAUGCCCUGAAUGUUCGUUCAAACUCAACUACCACCACAAGAGGAAGGAGGUGAAGGCAAAGACAAGGACUAAAGGGGUUUCAGAGGAGGAGGAGGGGAAGAAGAAGAACAAAAAGAAGAGGAGGAAAUCAUCCUCACAUUCCAAGAAGCACAAAGACAAACAUAAGAAGCACAGGGGUCAACCCACCUCUUCCAGCAACUCGGAGGAGUCGCAGGACUCAGACAAAGACUCCGAAGCUGGGGAUGAGCCAGAGGGCCAAUCAGAUGCUGACCACUGGCGAGGGCCCGCCCCUGCGGUGGAGGAAAAGUCAAGGGAGGAGGAGUUUGAUGAGUACUUUGAAGACAUGUUUCUUUGACUGCGGGAAUCAGAGGCAACCCCGCUGUGAUUACACAAUCCUCUGGGCUCUGUUGACAUUAAACAAGUUUCUUCUUGAGUCUUGUGUGCAUGAAGAUGUAUCUGACUGUAUGUUCCAAGAGUGCUGCAGAAAUAAACACAAUG